AUGGUUCUCGAUGCCGCACGAGCGACUGCUCUAGGAUGGGGUGAGCAACUCUUCGUUCAGGAGCUCCCGCAGAGGACGCUCGGUCUGACCUUGGCGCUUGGGGACAUCGUCCACUCUUCAGCCAACGAGUGCACCUUGACGACCUUCUUCUUUGCGCUCGUCGGAGCUGCGUGGCUAGGAAGCUAUGCCCUCAGCUUUGUGCGCAUGAUCGUCGAUCUUUCCCGUCCUGGUCUUCCCGUACGUUCACGUGUACCUCGCAUGCACCACAGCAGAGCUCCACCCUGAAGCGUCACGCGUCACUCGUCACCCCACACUCGAUCCAGCUCACGCGUUUCGGAGCCAAGAAAGGGGCGUGGGCAGGUAAGAGAUGCAGACAUGCCCUCAUAUUCUGACUGGCUUAUCCGCACUGACGUCUCUCACCUAUGUACAGUUGUUACCGGUGCGACCGCCGGGAUCGGACGCGACUUUGCGCUCCAACUGGCCGCUGCUGGCUUCAACGUCUUCCUCGCUUCGAGGACGGCUUCCAAGCUCGAAGAGAUCAGCCAAGAGAUCAGUGAGUAGUGUCGACACCCCAUCAUCAUACAUGGGGAGCCGGCUCAUAUGUCUUAAUUGAUUGCCUGUAGCCUCCAAGUUCCCCUCGAUCAAGACCCAGGUUCAUGCAAUCGACUUUGCUUCGGCUUCGUCCGAGGACUACAAGGCUUUCGGCAAGGCUCUCGAAUCACUUGAAGUCGGUGUCUUGAGUGCGUAAAGCCGGCGGAAAGUACACAGCUUUGGACCGAGGCUGAUUUGUGUGUGUCCCUGCAGUUAACAACGUGGGCAAGAGCUACGACGAACCCAUGUUCUUCCAAGAUCUGCCCGAUCAAGAUUCGGCCGACAUCAUCGAGAUCAACAUGUGCGUACUUCGCUCACUUAGAUCGUUCAAUCAUGAACCUCCACGAAAACUGAGUGCUUGGGUCGAUCUGUCAUCCCCAGCAAUGCGACCCUCAAGACGACCAAGCUGGUGCUGCCCGGCAUGAUCUCCCGCAGGCGCGGACUGAUCUUGACCGUAGGCUCGUUCGCCGGUCUCGUGCCUUCUCCCUUGUUAGCCGUCUACUCGGCAAGCAAGGCUUUCGUUUCGACCUGGUCGCAAGCUCUCGGAAGCGAGUUGAAGGGAACGGGUGUCGAGGUCGAGCUUCUCAACGCCUACUUCAUCGUGAGUGCAGGGUCAAGCGGCCGAAUCGAAUCAAAGAGACCUGGAGUUGACAGUGAAGCCUUCUUCUUUGCACAGACGUCUAAGUUGAGCAAGAUUCGUAAGAGCUCUUGGAUGGUCCCCACUCCCAAAACCUAUGUUCGUAAGUCGUCAGCAUUCCUGCGCUGCCGUCGACGGUGGAAAAAUAUCUGGAUCUAAGAGUUCUUCGUCUUUACUCUCCACUCUUUACAGGAUCGGCCUUAUCGCAUAUCGGUGUCAAUGGUGGGGCUGUUGGGCAGCCUCACAUCUCGACGCCUUACCACGGUCAUGCCCCCGUCCAAGUAGGUGGUUCUCUGGGCCGAGCACUUUCGACCCCCGACGCUGACGACCUCGGCUGCAUCUUGUUUCUCACUUUCGAAGUGGGUCGUCGAUAACCUCAUGUCGCAUUCAUUCUGGCUCGGAUACAACCGCCGAUUGCAUAUCGACAUCCGCAAACGGGUGCUGCGCAAGAGGGAGCGAGAGGCGGCCAAGGCGAACAAGAAGGAGUGA